UCUCUCUCUCUCUCUCUCUCUCUCUCUCUCACUCUCUCCUUUUACCCUCCCGACCCUUCCCCUCGUUACCGUUUGUUUAGUGAUUUUAUUUUACAACCUUAUGCAGCACAUGUUUGUUGAACUACUUGUAAGCGCAUGCGUACACAGACACAUACAUAUACACAGUCACACACACACAAACACACACACACAUGCAAAAACACAGCCACGUACAGUCACAUACACGCACACACGUGCAAAAACACCAACACACUCAGUCACCAUGCUGAGCUCUCUUCUCCUGCUGUGGCUUGGAGUCCUCCUCCUCUUCCUCCUCUUCAGGGUGAGAAGACCGAAGAACUUUCCUCCUGGACCCACAGCACUUCCUCUGCUGGGUAACUUACUGGAGCUCAGCCCACACAACCCUCUGCAGAGUUUCGAUAGGUUAGCAGAGCGCUAUGGUCCUGUCUACAGCCUGUACUUUGGUCCUCGUCCUGCGGUGGUGUUGGCCAGUCAGCAGGUCAUCAAAGAAGCGCUGGUCACUAGAGCCACGGAGUUUGCUGGACGACCAGAUCACAUGUUGGUCUGUCAUGUCACUCAAUGCAAAGGUGUGGUUCUGGCAGAUUACGGUCCAAAGUGGCAAGAGCAUCGGCGCUUUGCCCUGACCACACUGCGUAACUUUGGGAUGGGGAAGCGCACCAUGGAGGAGAAGAUUCUGGAAGAGACCCGACACAUCUGCGCCGAGCUGGAGAAACAUGCAGGGAGGUCCAUGGACCCUGAGCAUCUCUUCCACUAUGCUGCCUCUGACAUCAUCUGCUCUGUUAUUUUUGGAUCGCGCUUCGAAUAUGAUGACCCCUACUUCAAGGACCUCAUUGUCAUGAUUCAGGGGCUCACUAAGUUGGUCUUUGAUCCCUGGGCAAUUAUCUAUGAAAUUGUUCCACUCAUAAGAAGUUUGCCUCUGCCUUUCAAGCGCGCGUUUCACUUGCACGACCACGUCAAAGGGCGCAUACUCAAGGUGGUAGCGGAGCACAAAGACUCGCGGGUUUCAGGCCAGCCUAGAGACCUCAUCGACUGCUAUCUGGACGAGAUGGAGAAAAGGGCAGAUAAAGGCACCUCCUUUGAAGACAGUCAGCUGGUGGCCGUCUGCUUUGACCUCCUGAUUGCAGGGACGGACACCACCUCUAACACCCUGAGGACAGCAACACUCUACCUCAUAACCCAUCCUCACAUACAGGAACGCUGCUACCAGGAGAUAGAUGAAGUGCUGGGGUCUCGUGAGCAGGUGUUGUUUGAGGACCGGCAGGCCAUGCCCUACGUCCAGGCUGUGAUCCACGAGGCCCAGAGAGUGGCAGAUACAGUCCCGCUCAGCAUGAUCCACACCACCACCGCAGACACACACACACAGGGCUACAGCAUUCCCAAGGGCACAAUGAUCAUCCCUUAUCUGUCCUCAGCGCUACGUGAGGAAGGCCAGUGGAAGUCCCCGCAUGACUUCAACCCAGAGAACUUCCUGAACGAGAGGGGAGAGUUUGUCAAGCCUGACGCAUUCAUGCCCUUCUCUACAGGUUCUCGUAUGUGUCUGGGGGAGGGGCUUGCUCGCAUGGAACUCUUUCUCAUCCUGGUCACGUUGCUACGCCGCUUCCGAUUGGUCUGGCCAGAAGAAAGGGGUGUUCCUGAUUACAGCAUGGUCUUUGGCGGCACACAAGCAGCCAAACCUUUCCAGGUCACUGUCCACCUGAGAGGGGCAUGAACUAUUAAUUGCUCAAAUGUUUUCUUUUCAUGGUCAAUCCCAUACACAUCUGUGUACUAAAACUGACAUUCAUUACUGGUCACAGUAAGCAACUAGACAUUUGCACUGUGCACUGGUGACUGCAUCAUUGAAGACUGAACUUUAUUUUACAUGCCUUGAGACAAUUGUAUUGUUUUGGCACUAUAUAAAUAAAAAUGAAUCUAAUUUAA